AGCCGGAGACUCUGCCCCAUCUAGCGUGUAUAGGCCUCAAACUUAGGUUUCCUCUGAAUUGAAACGCAUGUAAAAUUCUGGAUAAUUCCUGCCCGCGGCCCGCAGAGCUGCCGGGCAUCCCUACGAGGCGGGCACGCAUGAUGCAUGAGCCGUGGAAUAGUGUGCCCGUAUACGCGACCUGUCACGCUCACCGGUUCCACACCUUCGCCGCCCCCCGCCACGCUAUAAUUCCCUCACCAACCCUCUCAGUCAGCUCACUCCCACCUAGCCACUUCACUUCACUCUCCGGCUUCCCACUCUCACCAGAGUCCAGAGCACAUCAAUCGGCAGCUAGCUCUGCUCGACCAGCGAGCUUAGCAAAGCCAAGGAAUCGAUAAAAGAGAGAAAGAGAGGUGAAACAAGAAGCCAUGGCGGCUGCAGGGGCUUCGGUGCUGCUGGUGAUGUUGUUGGCAGCAGUAGUGUGUGUGAGGGCGGACAUGAGCGCGGACAGGAGCGAGUGCGCGGAGCAGCUGGUGGGGCUGGCGCCGUGCCUGCAGUACGUGCAAGGGCAGGCGCGGUCGCCGGCGCCGGACUGCUGCGGCGGGCUGCGGCAGGUCCUGGGGAAGAGCCCCAAGUGCCUCUGCGUGCUCGUCAAGGACAAGGACGACCCAAACCUCGGCAUCAACAUCAACGCCUCCCUCGCACUCGCGCUCCCCUCGGCGUGCGGCGCCACCAAGGCCAACGUCUCCCACUGCCCCGAGCUGCUGCACCUCCCUCCGAACUCCAAGGACGCCGCCAUCUUCAGCCCCGGUGGCGACAAGGGCCCCGCCGCAACUCCAGGGAAGGACAACACAACGUCGACGACAAACUCCCGCACGCAGCAGGCCGCCAACGGGGCCGCCGCCGCCCCAUCCACGGCGACCGGUGGUGUCGCGCUGGCUGCGUUGCUCCUGGUCGGCUACCUCGCCCUGCUCCUGCCUAGGGAGUUCCCGGCCGCGGCUUCCUUCUAAGACCCGAUCGAUCAUCACCGUCCCCCCUGCAGCGCUACCGCGGGAUCAACGGCUCGGAAGUAGCACAAGCAGUCAAGCACCCGUGUAACGGCCGGCGAUCGAUCUGUGUUUGGACAAGAUCGAAUUAAUGUCCGGGUAUUAAAGCGUGUUGUAGUACUACGUGACAGAUAGAUGUGGUAGCUAGUACGACUAGUAAUCUGUCUUGGUUUGUUUGAACUGUCCUCUCUUUGUUUGUGUUACGAUGGCUGGGAGCGUAUACUUGAGUACCUUUAAGUA